UCAGCGUAACUUAUUGAAAUGUUUAUUUUGUUGCAAAUUUCACAGAUUCUUAAGCCAAUAUCUACGAACGACGCAUAUCACCAAAAUGGCAUCAUUAUAUGUAGGUAACCUCCAUCCAGAUUGUACGGAGGCAACGUUAUAUAAGAAAUUCUCAGUUAUUGGAAAGAUUUUGGAUAUCCGGAUCUGCAGAGAUCUAACUUUUAACAAGUCUUUAGGUUUUGGUUUCGUUAAUUAUGAAAGGCUUGAGGAUGCGGAAAAGGCCUUGGAUACUCUGAACUAUGACUUGGUGAAAGGUCGGGCCAUCCGCAUCAUGUGGGCGAACAAAAACAUCUUGAAGAAGCUACCUUCUACUGCCAAUUUAUUCGUGAAGAAUUUAGACACAAGUAUUAAUGAAAGAAUAUUGUAUGAUAUAUUUGCUAAUUAUGGAAAAAUUGCAUCUCUAAAGGUGGCAACAGAUGAUGAAGGGCAAUCAAAAGGGUUUGCAUUUGUUCAAUUCGAAAAUGAAGAUUCUGCAAAUGACGCCAUUGAUGGCUUGCACAAAACAGUAAUUCAUGGGAAGAAAUUAUACGUGAAUAAAUUCAUUCCUCAUGAUAGAAGAAUAAGAGAAAAGAGUCCAGUAUUUACGAACAUUUAUCUAAAAUAUUUAAAUCAAAGUUUUAAAGAUGAGGAUCUAGAAGAUCUCUGUUGUAAAUUCGGAACGAUUCGUUGUGCGAAAAUAAUGACAGAUGAAAUGGGGAAUUCAAAAGGAUUCGGCUUUGUAAAUUUUAAAGAUCCAGGGAGUGCUAAAAAAGCAGUCGAAGAAUUGAAUGGUGUUAUUGUUGAUGGACAGAGACUUUACGUAGGAAGGGCAAAAAAGAAAGCAGAAAGGCAAGCCGAAGUGCUAAAACAAUUUAAACAAAAACUUCGCUUUGGUGAUCCAUGAAACGAUCGUUGUUCUAAGUUUUCAGCUAGAAGCAUACAGUUAACCAUAUGUUAGAAAACGAGAUGUUAUUAUUAUAUAAUAUUUAAGACGUUCUUCAACGUUGUGCUCCUAAUUUGGUUAGUU